UGGAAGAGCAGCAGUGAGAAGUGUCAUGUCUUCCAACUGAAGUUUCUCCCAGUAACUUUGUGUUUAUUUGGUUUUGGACUGCUACGGAGUCACUUUCUUUCCGGUCAACACGAUGACUACCUCGUUGCCAGCUUCCUUCAAGAUUUUACGCAAUAAGAUGUAUUCUCGACCAAACGAUUUUUGAAUACUUCAUUCGAAUAGACAGUGAAGUGUAUUCUGAGUGUAAAAUUUUUGAUGAGCAGUUAUCAGCAACCGAGGUUUACAAGCUUGACCGAUUGGAGUUGAUCAGCGAUUAUUUUCUCAGAGUGAUGAGACGCGGAACAAAAACCAGAGCUGACUCUGAUACCCCAGAUCUAACGAACAUGAAUCAUACCAACGAGAGCGGUGAUUCUGUGAAUACGGGGAUGUUAGAUGAGGGAGCAACAAGUAUAUCGUCAGGAACAUCGCAUUCGAAAAGUGGCAAACACGAUGACUCCAAGAAAGAAAGAGUGGUCAAAGUUGCUCUUCCUGGAGCGAAGAAAGCUCAGUCAGCAGCGAAGAAGAAAAAAUCGACACCAGAUUUGGAUGUGCACAAGGCAAUUAUGAAAUGCCGCGAAGAAGGAUCCACGCACCUAGAUCUUAGCAAAGCAGCGGUUACAGCCAUUCCUAAGGAGCUCAAAGAGCUGACCCAAUUGAAGGAACUCUACUUGUAUGGAAACAAAAUUGCAACUCUCCCACCUGAGGUUGGGAUGUUGAAAAAUUUAGAGAAACUGGCACUGAAUGAAAACAACUUGACUGACUUACCAGAUACUGUGGUAAAGCUUAAGAAUUUAAAACUUCUGGACUUGAGACAUAACAAGAUGAAAGAGAUUCCAUCAGUGGUAUAUCAGCUUGUAUCGUUAACAACUCUAUUCCUUAGAUUUAAUAGACUUGUCAUAGUUGAAGCUGGAAUUGGAAAUUUAAGACUCCUUGAGAGAUUGAGUCUCAGAGAGAACAAGAUUAAAGAGUUACCUGCUGUCAUAGGUCAGCUUGUUCAUCUUCUUACCCUUGAUGUUUCUCACAACAACAUCACAAGUCUUCCUAGAGAAAUUGGAAAUUGUGUCCAAAUGACAUCACUUGAUCUUCAACAUAAUGAUAUUCCGGAAAUACCUGACACAAUAGGCAACCUGACUGAAAUGACCAGGUUGGGGCUCAGAUACAAUCAGCUCUCUGCAGUGCCUGCAUCUUUAGCAAAUUGCACAAAGAUUGAUGAGUUCAAUAUUGAAGGCAACAAUGUCUCUGAACUACCAGAUAAUCUUCUUCAUUGCUUGAAAAUGUUGAACAAUGUCACCUUGUCCAGGAAUAACUUUGAACAUUUCCCAACUGGGCCACCCAAGCAAUUUGCUGCAGUUCAAACUUUUACCAUGGAACACAACAAAGUACAGAAAAUUCCAUUCGGAGCCUUUUCAAAAGCAAAGUAUUUGACAAAGCUAAACAUGAAAGAGAAUCAAAUAGCAGCACUGCCAUUGGAUUUUGGCAGCUGGAUUAGUCUGGUUGAGCUUAACCUCGGAACCAACCAGCUUUCAAGGCUUCCAGAGGAUAUUCAGUGGCUUACAAACCUUGAAGUUCUGAUUCUCAGUAAUAACCUUCUUAGAAGAUUACCACGUGGCUUGGGUGAACUAAAGAAACUUAGAGUGCUAGACUUGGAGGAAAACAGGCUGGAGUUACUUCCAAAUGAAAUUGCUUUUCUUAGGAGUUUGGAGCGAUUAGUUCUGCAGUCAAAUAAUCUAACAACUCUUCCAAGAUCAAUAGGAUACCUUACCAAUGUUUCAUAUCUAAGUGUUGGUGAAAAUGACCUCACUCAACUUCCAGAUGAAAUAGGUAAAAUGGAAUCCCUUGAACAGCUGUAUCUCAAUGACAAUGACAGCCUUCAGUCUCUUCCCUAUGAACUUGCUUUAUGCAAUGCAUUGCAGAUUAUGAGCAUUGAAAACUGCCCUCUAAGCAGUUUCCCAGCUGAAGUUGUGGCUGGUGGACCAUCUUUAGUCAUACAGUAUCUGAGACUCCAAGGACCAUACAGGGGAAUGAUGGCUCAAGCAGGACUGGUACCUUCAUCAGAUGUCUGAGAGAAUAUUGUUAAUGCUUUUCCACUGGUGCUGUGUUCCUGUUAGGUUUUGUUUCAGUUUUUUUCAGUUUUACUGAUGUCUUUGGCUCUUAAAAUUUUAAAGAUAUGAGUGGUAAUUCUUGCUGCAUAUUUUUAUCAAACUAAGUAAAAAGAAUUGGAUGUUGUGUUAAGAAAAUGUUUUUAAACUGAUAGUUUUUUUUCAGUCUUAUUUGUUUGUUGGCUAAAGAUUAGAGUUUCGCUGAGUUUAGCAUGUGGCUUGAAUUCAUGAACCAUGACAUUAGGGAUAGUUAAGGGAGCUUUGUCACAAUUGUUAAAGUGAGUUUUUUCAUCACAGCGAGCUGCCAUUAGAUUGAAUGAACUGGGAAAUAAUUGUCCACUCUCCCAGGCAACACCAAAGAUAAAAUGAAAGUGAUCGAGGUUGGAAAAAAUCAAAAUGGAUUGCAAAUCAAUUAACUUUCAAAAUUUAAGCUAAUUAAUGGCUAUGAAAUAAGCACAAAUUUUUGUUCUGCUAACACUCCUACUUUUUCUUGCUUGGCUGAACAUGUUGCUCUCAGUUUUUUUCAGUUAUUGUCAGCUAACCUAGUUUAAAUCAGUUAGUGGCAAGGGAUGGAUUCAA